GACUAGUCUUGUCUUUGAACAUUUUAUCAUCAAUCAUUUAUCAGAUGGACAUCUCCUGGACGUGGUGAGUCGUACCGAGACAGAUACAGAACACAACAGUUCUGCUCUUAGAACUGUUACAAAUUUUGCAGACUUCUGUUUUGAUGUUAAAAUAAAUUUAAAAUUUCUUGACGCUGUAUGUUGAAUGCUUGAGUGUUCGUUGCGCGAGACCAUCCUUCCCAGGAGUCUCGAGCAAUUGACAAAGGACCCAUGAUAAUAUACGGUAUAAGGACUGGCUUCUUAGAAAGUCUUUUGGCAAUUUUCACAAUCUUCGUGAUAUGGUCAGUUCUGACAGCAGUAAGACUGACAUUAUGGAAUCCUCUGAAAGUGCUACGGUUCAUGAGGAAGAGGGGAUACUCUGGGCCUCCGCUGUCAAUAUUCAAGCUGGAUAACAGUCAUGAACUCGAUCUGUGCCGACAGAGGGCCAAACAAGCAUGGAAUGACCGCACUGCUAAGUCCGGCAUCGCAACCCUGAGCCAUGAUCUCGCUCCACUUCUCUAUCCUGAGUUCAAAGAAUAUCAGAAGCAAUAUGGAGAGAGAUUUGUGUAUGCUCCCGAGAGGGGAAGUAUUAAAAUCUGGGCUGGCAACAAGCCCGACGUCAUCAGGGAGGUGUGGGGCUGUAAAACAGGCGCUUUUGGUAAACCAAGUUCAACUUUCGCCGAUGAGCUGCUUGGCCGAAAUUCUCUAGGUUUGGUUGUUAACCUGGACGAAUGGGCCAGACAGAGACGAGUUGUUAGACCCCAUUUCUAUGAAGGACAAUUGAAGGACACAGUUCGAAGGACAAAAGAAAGUGCAUUACUAUGGAUCCGAAAUUUGGAAGAAAAGGUAACUCAAAGUGGAGAUUCUCUUCCACUGGAUCUAUCAGGAGACAUAGCAUCAUUGGUGAAGGAAUUCUCGGUCAGAACAAUCUUCGGCAAUGACUUUGAAUCAGCUCAGAAGGGUCUAGAGCAUGAACAGAAACUGAAGAUUUUGGUGAUACAAUCCGGAGGUGUUAUUCAUCCUCUCCUAAGAUAUAUUUUACCAACUCGGCUGAACAGGGAGAUACUAAAAGCUCGGAAACUCUAUUCCGUCUGUAUCAAGCAAAUCAUGGAAGGACGGAAGGAAUCUGUUAGAAAAGGAAAUAUGGUUUCGUAUGGUGAUGAUAUGUUAGGCAUCAUUCUUACAGCUGCUGAAACAGGAGAAGGCCAGAAAACAGGAAGUCUUCCGAAAUGGACAGAACAAGAUAUCGUAGACCAGAUAAGGGCACUGUUUUUUGCAAGUCAUGACACCGUGAGCUCUGCCUUCUCGUGGUUACUAAUUCUACUGGGUCACCACACUGAGUGGCAAGAACGCAUACGCAAAGAAUUGACGGAGACCUUAGGGGAAGAUCAAAUUUCAGAAUUAGAGCAGCUACGCCAUCUGAAUUCAUUAAACAUGUUCGUUUUGGAAACCUUGCGCCUAUACCCUCCAUUUCCACAAGUAAAUCGUGAGGUACAUGAAGACGGAGUAACACUUUUGGGAGAUCCUGUCCCAAAAGGUCUAGGCAUUAAUUUCGACAUGAUCCAUCUCCAUAGAUUGCCUGAACUUUGGGGUGACGAUGCACUUGAGUUCAAACCAGAGCGUUGGGCGAAGGGAAUGAAAGGAGCGUGCGUGGACACAGCUGCAUACAAUCCUUUUGGAUAUGGCCCAAGAGUCUGCGCAGGACAAACUCAAGCACAAGCCCAGCUCAAAGUGCUUGUCAGUUUGUUCAUUCAACAUUUCAGAUUUCAACUCUCACCCUCAUACAUCCAUCUUCCGACCAUGUCUUUCAGUAUGGUCCCAGGGCAUGGUGUUCCUCUGGUUAUUGAGGCGAUCACAAAAGUUUGAUCGUUAUUCAUGAAGCUGUCAUUCAGUCCCCUCUCAUUCCAUUGUAGAGUACUUGGUUUCUAGAUGGUAUCCAUGUUAACAGUGCGAACGAUCUUAUUUUUUCAUUUCUCCAUAUUUUACUAUGUAUAUGAUUAUCUUUUCGA